AUGAUUAUGGUUGCUAGGGAGAAAGACCUCAUGAUGGUAAGUAUGAGUCCUCAUCAUCCAUCAAUGCAUGGUGUUCUUCGACUGAUUGUUACUCUAGAUGGUGAAGAUAUUAUUGACUGUGAACCUAUAUUAGGUUAUUUACAUAGAGGGAUGGAAAAAAUUGCUAAGAACCGAACAAUUGUUCAAUAUCUCCCCUAUAUAGCACAAUGGGAUUAUUUGGCUACUAUGUUCAUAGAGGCGAUAACGGUUAAUGUGCCAGAAAAAUUGGAAAAUAUUCAAAUACCUAAAAGGGCUAGCUAUAUUAGAAUGAUUAUGCUAGAGUUAAGUCGUAUAGCUUCUCAUUUGUUAUGGCUUGGACCUUUCAUGGCUGAUAUUGGUGUGCAAACUCCUUUCUUUUAUAUUUUAAGAGAGAGGGAAAUGAUAUAUGAUUUAUUUGAAGCUGCCACGGGCAUGCAAAUGAUGCAUAAUUAUUUCCGCAUUGGAGGAUUAGCUGUAGAUUUACCCUACGAUUGGAUAGAUAAAUGCUUAGAUUUUUGCUAUUAUUUCUUCCAAAAAAUGAUAGAAUAUGAAAGGCUUAUUACACACAAUCCUAUCUUUUUGAAAUGAGUUGAGGGAGUAGGCAUUAUUAGUAGAGAAGAAGCAAUAGAUUAGAGUUUAUCAGAACCCAUGCUAUGAGCUUUCAGAAUCCAAUGGGAUCUUCGUAAAGUGGAUCAUUAUAAAUGCUACGAUGAAUUGGAUUGGGAAAUCCAAUGGAAAAAAGAAGGAGAUUUGUUAGCUCGUUAUUUGCUUCGUAUCGGGGAAAUGAAAGAAUCUAUAAAAAUAAUUAGACAGGCCCUAGAAGUAAUUCCAGGAGGUCCCUAUGAGAAUUUAGAGGUUUGACGUUUAAAUAAGGGAAAAGAUUCACAAUGGAACGACUUUGAAUCUUGACUUAUCAGUAAAAAACCUUCCCCUACUUUUGAAUUAUCAAAGCAAGAACAUUACGUGAGAGUAGAAGCUCCCAAGGGGGAACUGGGAAUUUUUUUUAUAGGAGAUGAUAAUAUUUUUCCCUGGAGAUGGAAAAUUCGACCACCUAGUUUUAUUAAUUUGCAGAUCCCUCCUCAACUAGUUAAAAGGAUGAAAUUAGCCAAUAUCAUGAUGAUUUUGGGUAGUAUAGAUAUCAUUAUGGGAGAUGUUGAUUGUUAA